AUGAUAAGGAUAGACCUCAAAGACUUUGAUGGACAUUCCAGCAAUCCUGAGGAAUACUUGGAGUGGGAAGCAAGCAUGGACAGGUACUUUGAGUAUAGGGAAACCACACCUGACAAACAAUACAAAAUAGCCAAGAUGAAACUCACCAAACUUACUGCAUUGUGGCUGGAAGGAAUUCAGAGACAGAGAUUGAGGGAGCAUAGGGAAAGGAUUGAUACUUGGGAUAAACUCAAGAAGCACUUAAAUAGAAAAUAUGUUCCACUCAAUUUCAAACACCAAUUAUAUAUCAAAUGGAGUACUCUGAGCCAAAGGGGAAGAAGUGUGGCUGAAUACAUACAGGAAUGGGAGAAAUUGGUGGUGAUGUGUGAAAUUGAGGAUGUAGAGGACUUGAAGUUAACCAUGUUUUUAUCAAGGCUGAGGGAGGAUGUCAGGGAUCAGCUUAUGACUAUGCCUACACUUGACCUGCAAACAGCCUUCAACUUAGCCCCAAUCUAUGAGCAAAACUAUAACAAGAGAAGGAUGACAGGAAAUAACUAUAACAAGUCCCCUAAGACCUACCCACCCAAACCAUUUAAACCCAUAUCACCCAAGGCACAGAGGAAAACAGAACAGCCUACUAAUGUGCCUGGUAGAAUACCUGUACCCCUGAGCAAGGUCGUGUGCUUUAAAUGCCAUGGUCAUGGACACUAUAAGAAUGAUUGCCCCAACAUUAGAGUCUUUACUACCCAAGAAUGGAGGGAAAUUAGGGAAGACACCCAACCUAAAAUGAUGUUGGUGGUGAGAAAUGGCAGAGUGGAGAAAGAUUGGCCUCCAGUUGCUGAGAAUGAACCAGAUGGGUCUUAUAGAGUGGAUGAUUUUGGAAAAACAGUAAGGUAUGAGCAAAGCACUGAUGAAGAGGAGUUUGAGGAGGGACUGGAGAAGGUUUUGCCCGAGGAUGGUUGUUACAAUCUGAUCAUUAGAAGGAACCUACACACCACACAUGAAGAGCAAGAAAGCAACCAAAGGGAAAACAUCUUCCAAACCAAAUGUAAAAUAAAAGAUCAAGUUUGUGAGAUGAUAAUUGAUGGGGGAAGUGAAUCAAACUGUGUUAGCUUGGAUUUAGUGACAGAUCUGAACCUAAAAACCAGACCACACCCACAUCCCUACAAGCUAAAGUGGUUAGACAAUAAUGCAACUGGUUCUGUGAACAAACAAUGUUUAGUAGGGUUUGCUAUAGGGUCUUACAAAGACCAGGUGUUAUGUGAUGUUUUAGAAAUGAAUGCCUGCCAUGUGCUCUUGGAAAGACUUUGGCAAUAUGACAGGAAGAGCAUGCAUAAUGGACUUACCAACACCUAUACUAUUAAGCAUGAAGGGAAGCUUAAAGAAUUGAUUCCCCUGCCUCCCCACAAAGCCAUACCUGAUCCUGUGAGGAAACCUGUCCACUUGAUCAGUAGGAGAAUAUGUGAGAAGGAGAUUAAGAACAAGAAUGAGAUUUAUGUCUUGAUCACUAAAGAAGUAGAGCAAACAGUAGAGAUACCUCCUGAAGUGAAACCUCUGUUGCAGCAGUACAUGGAUGUGUUUCCUGAUGAUUCACCUAAAGGUUUACCACCUGUAAGAGGAAUUGAACAUCAAAUAGAUCUCAUACUAGGAGCCCCUCUACCCAACAAACCAGCCUACAGAACUAACCCCACAGAAACUAAUGAGCUACAAAGGCAAGUGGAAGAGUUGCUACAAAGAGGGUAUGUGAGGGAAAGCCUCAGCCCCUGUGCAGUACCUACUCUGCUUGUGCCAAAAAAAGAUGGGACAUGGAGGAUGUGCAUAGAUAGCAGGAGUGUUAAUAAUAUUACUAUCAAAUAUAGGUUUCCUAUACCUAGGAUAGAUGAUAUGUUGGAUGAGCUAUCAGGAGCACACUCGUUCAGCAAGAUUGAUUUAAGGAGUGGCUACCAUCAGAUUAGAAUGAAAGAAGGGGAUGAAUGGAAAACUGCCUUCAAGACAAAGUAUGGUUUAUAUGAAUGGCUAGUGAUGCCCUUCGGUUUGACAGGAGCCCCCAACACUUUUAUGAGAUUAAUGAAUGAGGUUUUGAGGCCUUUCUUGGGGAAAUUCAUAGUAGUCUACCUUGAUGACAUCUUAAUAUACAGCAGGGAAUUAGAGGAACACCUUGAUAAUUUGCAACAGCUCUUUGAAACUCUGAGGAAGCAAAAACUCUAUGGGAAAUUGGAGAAGUGCAGUUUCCUUAUGCAAGAAGUGGGAUUUUUAGGAUUCAUCAUAGGAAAGGAUGGGGUAAAGGUUGAUCCCUCUAAGGUAGAAGUUGUUAAGAACUGGCCUGUACCUACCUCAGUGACACAAGUAAAGUCUUUCCAUGGCCUUGCUUCCUUCUAUAGAAGGUUCAUUAGGAACUUUAGUACCAUUAUGGCCCCCAUAACAGAAUGCACUAAAAAAGGAGCAUUUAGUUGA